GUCGGGAAGGAAGGAGGCGGAAGGGAGUGUGGGUGCCUCGGCAAGAUGGCGGCGACGCUGCGCAUCCAGAGCGACUGGAAUCAGGCGCUGGGGCGGGACGAGGGUGAGGCCUGGCUGAGCUGCCGGAGCCCUGGGAAGCCGACCCUGUAUGGCAGCCUGACCCGCCGUGGGCUCAGCACCGAGGGCGUCCCUGACAUCGCUGCUUCUGAAGGCUUCGUGGUUGGGGAGGUCACCAAGAAAAGCAUCCUUAUUUCUUGUCCUCAUGAAAAUGUGUCCACGAAGUUCCUGGCCCCAUACACAACUUUUUGUAGGAUUCAUCAGAAAAGUAUUACCUGUCUUGAUAUUUCCAGUGGUGGAGGGCUUGGCGUGUCUACCAGCACAGAUGGGACCAUGAAAAUCUGGCAGGCUGCAAAUGGAGAAAUAAGAAGACUAUUGGAAGGCCAUGUGUAUGAUGUGAGUUGCUGCAGGUUUUUCCCAUCGGGCCUUGUUGUUCUGAGUGGGGGAAUGGAUGCGCAGCUAAAGAUCUGGUCAGCAGAAGAUGCCAGCUGUGUAGUAACAUUUAAAGGUCACAAAGGAGGUAUUUUGGACACUGCCAUUGUGGAUCGGGGGAGAAAUGUCCUUUCCUGCUCUAGAGACGGCACUGCCUGUCUCUGGGACUGUGGAAAAUCCGCCUGUCUGGGUGUCAUCGCUGACUGUGGCUCUCCUGUCAAUGGCAUUGCCGUGGGCACUGCUGACAACUCGCUGAACCUGGGCACGCCUGAAAAAGCUCCUAGUGAACGUGAGAUUGGGACGGAAGGGAAAAUCCUGCUACUGGCUCGAGAGGACAAGAAGCUUCAAGGAGUGGGACUGCAGAGCAGGCAGCCGGUGUUCCUCUUCAUCGGAUCUGAUGCAUUCAACUGCUGCACAUUCCUCUCAAGUACCUAUAUCCUAGCAGGCACUCAGGAUGGGAACAUAUAUCAGCUGGAUGUGAGAAACACCAACACUCCAAUCCAGGUCAUCCAUAGGUCAGGAGCACCGGUGCUUUCAUUGCUCACUUACCGAGAUGGAUUUAUUGCCAGCCAAGGUGACGGAACCUGCUUUAUCGUUCAGCAAGACCUCGAUUAUGUCAUUGAUCUCACAGAAGCUGACUGCGACCCUGUGUACAAGGUUGCUUCUUGGGAGAAGCAAAUUUACACAUGCUGCAGAGAUGGAAUAGUGAGGAGAUACCAACUUUCUGACCUUUAAGUGUUUGGAUUGGCCAAACAGUGAGGAGAUUCGUCCAGAUAACUCCCCCGAGCUUCUUUUCCCUGCGUUUGAGGUGUGUGUGUGUGGUGGCCGGGCAGCGACUGGGACUUGCCGCUCACAGGGGCAGCGGGGAGAAGGAUGUGGUAAGGGACCACCUGCACAGCUUUGCUGUCCAAAUUCAAGGCGAUCAGCUCCGAGGCAUUGGAGAAGAUCUUGCGUGGUGACAAUUCCACCCCCACCCACCCCACCCCCCCCGGCCGCUGAAAGAAUGUGGUCUCUGGAGUAGGGGGAAGUAAAAAUAAAUGGAGACGAGGUGUGACUGUAUCACGGAA